AUUUUCCAAAGACUCCAUGAAGUUCGAUGUGUACCUUAGAUUUCAAUCGUCUGACUUCGGCACUCGCUAAACCUCACCACUACCUUAUUCCGAGCCCAAAGCUGCUCACUGUAAGCGACUCCGACUUCGCCGCGCCUUCCCGUGACAGGAAUUUCCAGAACACCUCGAGACUUUUGCCUCCCGCGCCCUCCCCAACACCAUAUAAAACCAUCCAAUUACCAAGCCAAACGAGCUCGCAUAAGUAUCAACAAAGCUAAGCUCAGGAGUCAAGGCUCAAACAUGGAAGGGGUAAGACACAGCACUCAUCGCGAACCCAUAUCCACACUUUCACAAACUCCGAGGGCCGUGCUGAUCAGACUCGCUUUGAUUUCCAGACCGCCGGCACUGCACCGCACCAGCAUCAACAACAGCAUCUAGAUCUCGAUUUCAGCCAGCUUGAAAUCCCUGGUUUUGGCUUCGAUGAUCAGGACUUGCCGUUAUGGGAUCCAUCUUUGGAGAUCCAGUCACUUGAAAGCUGGAAUACUUUAAAUGAGCUGGAAUUCUCUGCAAAUGCAGAUUUCUCGCUACCCCUUGCUACCGACAAUGAGCACAACGAUGUGUCUUACAUAGCCGAGAAUGACUUACUGCGUGACUGGCCCACGAACGUUGAGAAAGUCGUUCCUAGUGAACAGGAUUUCUUGCGUUGGGUAAACGGUGCUUAUAGACCUCCGGAACCUUGCACCUAUUGUCGGUAUCAUCGUCUGGAAUGUCUCAUCAUUCGGACGACGUUCUCGAAUCCGAACCCGGUGGCUGCAUGCUCCAGUUGUGUUGCAUUGUUUAGAGAAUGCAGUCUAGCGAUUGGGGAGAAGAGGAAACCGUCGGAGUUUGAGAACAAUCAGCCUAUCAUGGGGCAUUUGCACGGUGUGAAUGAGGAGUUUGAAGAUGGACUUCAGUUUGUGGACUGGGGAGAUGAAGCUGAUAUCUCGGCGCCUAACACUCUCCCUGAAGCAUCUUCCAUGCCAGAAGAUUCAUCGGUUGUGUCUCCGACUAAAGGGAAAAGGGCAAUCUCGAAGCAAGACAUUCGAGUUCUGAAAGCAUGGCUCUCUGACCAUCGGCAUGCCCCUUAUCCGUCAGAGGAAGAGAAAUUGGAACUGAAAGCUACCACCGGCCUUACUCUAAUGCAAAUUUCAAAUUGGUUCGCGAACGCGAGAAGAAGACAACGACAUAUCCAAGGCAUUCCUAUUCCGGGCCGAGGACGAAGCUCAAAGCAUAAACCAGCUUCACCAGAAUCUGGAGACCUGUCUCCAAUAUCUCGAUGGCAGAACUCUCCACCUGAAGAUGACGCUGUUGAUCCUUCAGCUGUAGCCAGAGCACUUGCCGCAGCUACUGGCACAUACGGCCAACAUGACAGCAAGGUGACGCUCAGUAGACACUCAUCCUUCGACAACGUCUCUGUUUCCAGCAUCGACACAAACCGCUCCGACCUCUCAACAUCAUCCUCCAACUCCGGGUGGAGUCACAGCUCCUUUGCCUCGCGGCAAUCCUUUACUCGCCCCAAACGCCGCCGGCGUCAGAAAAGAGAACACUCCGAAAAGUCAACAAACACUUUUGCAGCACAUUUCCACUGCACAUUCUGUCCCGACUCCUUCAAAAAGCGCCACGACUGGCAACGACACGAAAAGUCCAUCCAUCUCCCACUCGAGCACUGGAUCUGCUGUUCCGGCGACGGGACACUCACCACGCUGCUCAAUGGGACACAAUGUCUCUUCUGCGGGCUGCAAAACCCAACGCAGGAACACCUCAACAGUCACGAACACAACAGCUGCUCCGAACGACCCGCUUCAGAACGAGCGUUCAGACGCAAAGACCAUUUGCGACAACACCUCGUUAAAUUUCACAGAUGCUCUCAACCACUUCCAGCUGUCUACGAUUUAUGGAAGGUGGAGUGGGGAGAGCUGCGAAGUAGAUGCGGGUUCUGUGGAGAGGGUUUAUUGAGUUGGGAGGCGAGGACGGAACAUUUAGCAACGCAUUUUAAGGAGGGGCAACUGAUGAGUGAGUGGACAGGGAACUGGGGGUUUGAUGAUGAAGUUUUGGCUUUGCUGCAGAAUGCGGAGGUGCCGGGGAUGGAGGGGUUGGAUGGGGGUGUAGCGGUAGGGAUCAUAUGAGGCUACUAGAUUUUGUGUAGAGCAGAUAAAUUGACUGAGAAGCCUACCGAGAA